AUGGCUACGAUAAUAUCUAGGGAUACUCUCGAAGUCUCUCUGUCGAGACUUGACGCACGCGUAAAGGAUGCCGAUAGUGCAGAAACUCAAGACACCACGGUAGGACCCUUUGGGAUCAUUGAUUUUCGGCCCUCUGGAACUUUGGCACCUGCAGCCGUGCCAUCUGACCAGUACCAGGUUGGACCCAAGAAACCAAACGCUAUCUUCGAAGAUGAUUUUAAUGCUAGUCCCUUGACCGAGGGACUACUAAGUAAUCCAAAUGAUUUCUUAGAUUGGACAGACCUUUUGGCCCUCGACCACGAAAAUGAUGUUUUCCUUUCGGAGACUGCGUUUCCCAGCGAACUUCUGAAUGCAGACUCGCAAAUUACAGACAACGGAUUAGCUCUGAGAGCAGGUGGCGUACAGGGCGUACAGAUCCCUGACCCAGGCCCAGUUGAUCGGAUGUCACCGUCUCCGCCAGGGUCGAUUGGCCUGACAUCUCCCACAAUUCAGAAGCUGCUACGAUACUUUAGAGACCAGGUCAUCCCUAAGUUCUCAGCAAUUCCAGACAGCGAUAAAUCUCCGUGGAAAUCCUGA